AUGUCAGCCAAUAUUGGUAGGACUUCCCUGGCUUACAGCCGCACAUGGCACCACGUUGAUAUGGGCCACGACCAGCGGGCCUUUGGACGUAUCGCAACACAGAUUGCAAUUACCUUGAUGGGCAAACAUAAGCCUAUUUAUGAUCCGAGUACCGAUUGCGGGGACUACGUUGUAGCGACGGGGUGUGCAUACCUCAAGACCACCGGUGACAAACGUAACUUGAAGAAAUACUAUUCUCAUUCGACCAGACCUGGUUCCUUGAAGGAGAUCAGUAUGGACAGAAUGAUCGCAAAGUAUGGUGGUGCUGAGGUGCUGCGAAGGGCCGUUUCGGGAAUGUUGCCAAAGAAUCGGUUGAGGAGCGUACGGUUAGAGAGGCUAAAGGCUUUUGACGGAUUUGGUCACCCGUACAAGAAGAAUUUGGUGAAGUUUCUUGACCCUUCACAUGCUGGGCAUGCCUCUAAGUCCAAGACACCAGUUACGGAUGCUAUUAAAGACUUGACACAGCCAGAGGCAGCAACAUCAGCGACUCCAUAA